GUGAAGACACAUUUGCAAUGCCGUUCAGAGGCCAGUAUAGCGGUGGGUCACCAACACCCGCACUCCACGAUGUCAGGCGCUCUCAAAUCCAUUUACAAGUCAUAUGGCAUUGUAGGCCUUUGGAGAGGUUGUACGGCGUCUAUGACUCGCGUCACUAUUGGCGGCUCCAUUCAGUUGUCGACCUUCUCGUCGGUCAAAACGAUUAUCUCUAAAUCUAAGGUCAGAACCCAAACACUUAUUCUUCAAGCCUAUGAUACGAUUGAUUAA